GCCCUGUUUUCUGACUGCAGCCUCCUUCCUGUAGCCCGGUUGAGGAAGUGAAUUUCGCUGACAGGGCUGGGUUCAGUGAGGGAGAGGCGAACAAAACAUCUUCCACGGGGGACUAAAAAACAACAAGAGACGAUAGGAGCGAGUAGUUGAGCCACAGUAGAGCUAAGGUUGACAGUCAUCGGUGAAAUCGCGCUCCCCUGCCCCGCUGAGACCGCCGCAGACAUGAAUGACCAGCAGCUGGAUUGUGCCCUGGACCUGAUGAGGCGUCUGCCUCCUCAGCAGAUCGAGAAGAACCUCAGCGACCUCAUUGACCUGGUGCCCAGUCUGUGUGAGGACCUCCUCUCCUCUGUGGACCAGCCCCUGAAGAUUGCCCGGGAUAAAGUAGUGGGGAAAGAUUAUCUACUCUGCGAUUACAACCGAGACGGCGACUCCUACAGAUCCCCAUGGAGUAAUAAGUACGAACCUCCUAUUGAAGAUGGUGCAAUGCCUUCAGCUCGCCUGAGGAAACUCGAGGUUGAAGCCAAUAACGCCUUUGACCAGUACAGGGAUCUGUACUUUGAGGGUGGCGUGUCCUCCGUGUACCUUUGGGACUUGGAUCAUGGCUUCGCUGGAGUUAUUCUCAUCAAGAAGGCCGGGGAUGGAUCCAAGAAGAUCAAAGGGUGCUGGGACUCCAUCCAUGUGGUGGAGGUGCAGGAGAAGUCCAGCGGACGUACUGCUCACUACAAACUCACCUCAACCGUCAUGCUGUGGCUCCAGACAACCAAGACCGGCUCUGGUACCAUGAACCUGGGUGGCAGCCUUACAAGACAGAUGGAAAAAGAUGAGACGGUUGGAGAGUCCUCACCCCACAUCGCUAACAUCGGCCGCCUUGUUGAAGAUAUGGAGAACAAGAUUCGCUCCACACUGAAUGAAAUCUACUUUGGGAAGACCAAAGACAUCGUCAACGGCCUGAGGAGUGUUCAAACUCUGGCCGACAAGUCAGUGCAGGAGGCUCUGAAGAUCGACCUGAUGGAGGCGCUCAAACGCAAGCAUAACUGCUAGAGAUCCUACUGUUCUUUUCUUCUGUCUCUCUGUCUGUUUCUCUCUCUCUCUCUCUCUUCGCCUCAUCUCUGCCACCUUUUCUCUGUUUCUUUACGUCUCUCCCUCCAUGCCUGUUUCAGUGCUGCACUCUUGUUUAUUUGUGGAAAAGAAAAAAGGAGAAAAUGCUUAGCUUUUUAUUUGUUUUUUUGUUCUUGUUUUUCUGUCAGGUUUUGUUUUCAUGCAUCUCAUUUGCCAUGAAGCCAUUCACUCACUCUCCCCUGUCUCUCUCUCGCCCCUCUUUUCUCUCUCUCUCUCUGUCUCUCUCUCUCUCCUCCCACAUUAUUAUGAAUAUAAUUAUAGUAUUACGACGGUUAAUGAUAAUCUUACAGUGUGAGGGUCAUUGUAGUAAUAAUCCCUGAUGUUCUCACAGCUGACGUGACCUCGGCUUGUUUGACAUGGUCGUGCUCUUCGUCCGUGAAGAGGAAUUAGACACAGACUGUGCUGUAAAAGGUGUAAACGUGGCGGGGCUGUCAUUAUGUACAUCAAAUUUAUUUUUUGCACCUAUUUUUGUCUACGGCACCCCCUGAUAUAUUUGUAUAAAAUUAUAACUGUCAGUGUAUCUUUCAUUCUUCUGGACAAUGUAAACCGUGCAAAUACGAGGUGGGCCUUCGGUUUGUGUUUGAAGGUUUUUACUCUUUUUUUUUUUGUUUUUUUUUUUUUAUUUUAUUUUUUUUUCCACUCUGUCCACAUACAUGUGAGCCUGUGGAUGCAUAGGGCCUCAGCCGGUGGAAAUGUAAACUUAUCAAACACGGGGAUGGACUGUUACCUUCACGUUGUCAACCCAACCCCCCCCACACACACACUGUGUAUAACAUGACAGUUUUCUUCCCCUCUGUUCGGCUUAUUCAACUCUUCUCUCUUCUCACCUACUUCGUCUUUGUUGGGGGUCACAGUUUGUCUUUGUGUCUCAGUGGAAACCUUUGUUUCCAUUUUUGGAGGGGAAUCUUUUUGUUGUAUUUUGUUUUUAUUUUGUAAAGCUUAUGAUUCAUAUUGUAUUAGAGCCUCCAGCAACAAUAAAACAGUAAAAAGCUAA